AUGAAAGGAUUAUCGUUUAUUCGACAAUUAUUUUCCCAUCGACAGUUGCAUAUUUCUUUACUUAGGCAACAGACGAUACCAAUGGUGGUUGAUCAGGAUGGCCGUAUUGAAAGAGUUUAUGACAUUUAUUCACGGCUGCUCAAAGAUCGUAUUGUUUGUGUAAUGACAUCGAUAAAUGACCAGGUUGCUGCUUCUAUUAUUGCACAGCUUCUCUUUUUACAAGGCGAAAGCGCGAAGAGCACUAUUAAUAUGUAUAUAAUGUGUCCUGGUGGAAGCGUGACCGCUGGUUUAGGUAUUUAUGACACGAUGCAAUAUAUUAGCGCUCCAGUAGCAACUUGGUGUAUUGGCCAGGCUGCAAGUAUGGGUAGUCUUCUGCUGUCUGCUGGUGCAAAAGGGAUGCGUACAUCGUUGCCCAACGCUCGCAUAAUGGUUCAUCAACCUAGUGGUGGUGCAGAGGGCCAAGCAUCCGAUAUUUUGAUUCGAGCCGAAGAAAUUGGUAGACUGAAAACACGGUUGAACAAAAUUUAUGCCGUUCAUACAGGACAGGAUAUUGAAACGAUUGAGGAAGUACUAGAUCGCGAUAGAUAUAUGAGUCCGGAAGAAGCCAAACAGUUCGGUAUAAUUGAUCAGAUAGAGACUUCUGCAUUUGAUUUGUGA